CACCAGCAGGUGUUGUUUGUCUCCAGCAGUCUCAAAUCCGCUGGUGUCCGACAACAUGGUGGCGUCCAAGACUUCAAUCCUGCUGCUCUUACUGCAGGCUGUGCUGACCGCCAGCAUAUCUUCGCUCGUUGCACCUCCUCCUCCGCGCGCUGCCGUCGUAGCGCGCCAGCAGGAGCCCGAAGACUCCGAUGACUUUGAGAAGCGAGAGGUGGAAAACUGCGUGCCGUACGACAUCCGGUCGUCCGUCGUGGGCAGACGCGCUGUGGUGGAGUGGGCCACACGACGCACGUACAUCCGCAAGGUUAAGCUACAGAAGUCGCACGACCCGAGCCCUGUGCUUGCCAACCCGUGGCGCUCAUGCCACGAUGUCGCCGCUGACGUGGUAGUGCGCUACCGACGACUGGGCGAUAAUGAUACCAUGCUCGUCAGUGGAGACAGAGAGGCACCAUUCACCAGCAAGGAGGCAAUUACGUAUACGACGGACGAAGCCACGUUCACUACUCAUACGGCUUUCAUCAACCUCCCGGAGGGAGAACACGACGCGGGGUAUGAGUUCAUCGUCGGGUCCGUAUUCCACGGGUGGUCGGCGGUGCAUCGUUUGGGUGUCAAUCUUCCGUUCCGAGGAGACGAAGCAGAGCGAUGUCGACCGAAGCACGUGCACACGGCGUACGGACGCACACCGGGCAGCUUGGCAGUGCAGUGGAUGACGAAGGAGUUUUGCGGGAAAGGAAACGCUCAGCUGCAAAUGGUGGAAGGCUACCAUGCCCGUAUCGAAGUGGAAGGACCGAAUGCAACCCCCGUGACGGCCUGGGCCAACACGACACUGUUCGAAGACGAUGGUGAGAAACAGUCCAAGCGCUGGCUGCAUGUGGUGAGACUGGAAGGACUGAAGCCAGACACGAGAUAUACCUACGUAGUGGGCAACGCAUACUACACGUCGUGGUCUAUUCCUUAUGUAACUAAGACUGCUCCGGCUCCGUUGAGUGCUGGAGAGAAACCCAAACCAACGCGAUUCUUGGUUACUGGAGAUAUCGGCUAUCAGAACGCAGCCACUUUGCCGAUGAUGCAGUCCGAGGUCGCAGAAGGGGUCGUGGAUGGUGUGGUGUCCGUUGGUGACUACGCCUACGACUUGAACAUGAUCGACGGUCACGUUGGAGAUAUCUUCAUGCAGGAGAUCGAGCCGAUUGCUGCGAGUGUGCCCUUUAUGGUGUGUCCGGGCAACCACGAGACUCACAACGUGUUCAGCCACUACUCGCAGCGCUUCCGACUCAUGCCGAGCAAUAAGAACGAAGGUGUGCAGACUGUCCAUGUCGGUGGACGCUCGAAGGAUGCAGAGCCCAAGGAAGUGCCGAAUAACUGGUUCUACUCAUUUGAUGUGGGGCUGGUGCACUUCGCGAUUAUCUCCACCGAGAUUUACUUCAAGAAAACGCUAGAUGUGGACGGAGACGUGAUCGCCCGACAGGAAGCCUGGCUAGAGCAAGAUCUUGCCAAAGCCAAUGCAAACCGUGAGCAGACGCCUUGGCUUGUGGUGAUCGGACACCGCCCCAUGUACUGCACCUCAGACGACACUAACUGCGGCGAUAAGGCUGCGAUGCUGCGGGACAAGCUCGAGGACAAGUUCUUCACGCACGGUGUAGAUUUGUAUCUGUGCGGUCACCAACACAACUACGAGCGCGCGUUCGAUGUGUACAAGUCACAAACCUGGAAGCGUACGCACAAUAUGCGCGCUACGACGCACAUUUUGACUGGUGCAUCGGGUCAGUAUCUGACGUCGAUAAUGCGCAAGUCGUUUGAGAGGCCAGUUGAGGUCUGGGAUGCCUUCCGCAACUCCAUCUUCGGCUACUCGCGCAUGGAGGUCAUGAAUGCUACGCAUCUGCACUGGCAGCAGGUAGAAGCCGACCCCGAGAACCCAGCAGCCCGUGGGCUCUACGGACAGGUGAUCGACGAUGUGUGGCUUGUUCAAGAGCAACAUGGCAGCUUCGCACCCGUCGGAACGGCAUCAUAGAAACCGUAGAUGUAUAAUAGCAUAGCAAUACUCAACGAUGUAGAUAGCUUCUAACCAUAAUUUAUCGGCGAUGAAUUUCAGUGAAGA